GUUCAAGUUCAUAUACAACGUUAAAUUGAAAUAUCGUCUUAUUUGUGAAUAAAGUUGAGAAAUUAAAUUGAAUUGUGUUUUGGUUUUGCUUCUUCUUGUUGCACCAAUUUUUGGUCAACUAUUCACUCCAAGACACAAGAACACCAAAAAGUACCACCUUAUAACAAGUAUGCAGCAUAAUUGGUUCAACGCAUUCCAUCAUUGUCGAUCUCUUGGCAUGCAUUUAGUAAGCAUUACAUCACAAGAUCAAAAUGACAUAAUUGUGAAGCAAAUUAAAGACGAUGGUUACGAGGACAGGGUAUUUUGGACAUCUGGCAAUGGCAACGACUACCAAUGGAUGGGUAACGGAAAACAUGUAAAAUACACCAAUUGGACACCUGGUCAGCCUGAUAAUAUAUUGGAUAGAAAUGAACAUGAGCAAUGUAUCCAAAUCACUGGCAAAGGAACAGGUCAAAAUGAUCGAGAAGAUUUGAAAUGGAAUGAUCGCAUUUGUAGUUAUAAUUUUAAUUUUAUUUGCGAACAAGAUAUAAUUGAAUAA